AUGCCGGGAGAGAACCUUGUAGGCGUCACCCCGACGUCGAUUGCGCCGAAAUCCAUCGCGGACUUGGAAGCGCUGCUCAAGGACGAUAUCAAGGUCAAAGUCGCAGGGAUCGAUGUCGACGGCGUGUUGAGGGGCAAGUACAUGUCCAAAGAGAAGUUCCUGAGCGCGGCGAGCUCGGAUGGAUUUGGCUUCUGCAGUGUCAUUUUCGGAUGGGACAUGCACGAUGCCGUCUAUUCCAGGGAGUUGCUGAUAUCGAACCGGGCGAAUGGCUACCGUGAUUUGAUUGCCUCCAUUGACCUUGCCACCUACCGGCGUAUCCCGUGGGAGGGCAACGUUCCUUUCUUCCUUGUCUCCUUCUACGAUUCAGAGACAAAGGAAGCCAUUUGUGCCGACCCCCGAGGCGUGCUCCGCGCCGUUGUGUCAAGGGCACAACAGAAGGGGUGGAGAUGUCUCGCAGGCUGCGAGUAUGAGUAUUUCCAAUUCAAAGAGACUCCUGAGUCCUUGGCUCAGAAGAAUUUCUCUAACAUUCAGCCUCUCACUCCCGGCAUGCAUGGGUAUUCUCUUCUGCGUACACAAAUCAACAGCGACUACUUUAACGACAUCUUUGAUGAGAGCCUCAAAUUUGAGGUUCCACUAGAAGGCCAUCACACGGAAACCGGGCCCGGGGUCUACGAGACGGCACUGGCCUAUACAGAUGCCCUCCGUAUGGCAGAUAAUGCAAUUCUCUUCAAAUUCCUCGCCAAGAGUAUUGGCAUGAAGCGCGGGGUAGUCCCGAGUUUCAUGGCCAAACCAUGGGGAAAUCUUCCUGGAUGCAGCGGUCACAUCCACGUCUCUCUGCGUGACUCCAAUGGCAAGAGCUUGUUCGCGGUGUCAGAGGCCGAACUCAAGACUGGUCGCGAGAGUGCCCAAUACAGCGACACCAAGUUCGUCAGCCAAGAGUGCGAAUGGUUCCUCGCCGGUGUCCUCGCCGGCCUUCCCGACAUCAUGCCCACGCUCGUCCCCACGAUCAAUGGCUACAAACGCCUCGUCGGAGGCGAGGCCUUCUGGGCGCCGAACGCGGUCACCUACGGCUACGACUCUCGCGCGGCCUCGGUGCGCAUCAUCGCCCCGCCCUCCGUCCCGCCCGCGGCGACGCGCCUCGAGGUGCGCGUUCCGGGCGCGGACAUGAACCCGUACUUUGCGAUCAGCGCGAUCUUCGCUCUCGGCAUGCGCGGCAUCGAGAAGAAGUUGUCCCUCCCCGGGCCUCCGGUUUCGCAGCUCACGCUCGAGGACAAGAAGGCGGGCAAGGUCAAGAUGCUACCCACUUCGCUCGAGGCCGCGACCGCGCGGAUGAUGGCCGCCGAGAGCAUCGCGCGCGAGGACGCUGUCUUCGGGCCCGCGUUCGUCGAGCACUUUGGCGGCACGCGCGAGCACGAGGUCAAGCUUUGGAACGAGGCCGUGACGAACUGGGAAGUUGAGAGGUACCUGGAACUUGCGUAA